AUGGGGGUGUUGAGGACCACGCCUCGCAACUUCGGUCAGGCCCUCUCUGAGUCGGUGAACCUGUACCUCCAUCUCCUGCCAUCGUUCCUCCUGCUUCUGCGUUUCUUCAUUCCAACGCUUGCUCAGGUCAGACUGGAACCAGCUCCGCCCCCUUCGGAAUCACUAUCUGGGGUGAUUUCCGGUUCUGCGGGUUUUGGUACCUUUUUCGGCCCCAUCCUCGUCCUACACAACACGGACGGUUGUGUUCUACAGAAGUUCUCCGACGACUCUGCCAUCAUCGGACUCAGCUCCGAGGACGAUAACGCAGAGUACAGAGGAGUUAUACAGGACUUUGUGGACUGGUGUCAGCGGAACCACCUCCUCAUUAACGCGGGGAAGACGAAGGAGAUGAACCCCCUCCUCAUCAACGCGAAGAAGACCAAGGAGAUGAACCACCUUCUCAUCAACGUGAGGAAGACCAAGGAGAUGAACCACCUUCUCAUCAACGCGGGGAAGACCAAGGAGAUGAACCACCUCCUCAUCAACGUGGGGAAGACCAAGGAGAUGAACCACCUCCUCAUCAACGCGGGGAAGACCAAGGAGAUGAACCACCUCCUCAUCAACGCGGAGAAGACCAAGGAGAUGAACCACCUUCUCAUCAACGCGGGGAAGACCAAGGAGAUGGCCCGGCCCCCUCUUUUGGCCUUCUCUGUCUCUUCCUUGUGUUCUAUAUCUGCUGAGUCACUAAAGCUGAAGUCAUUGGCCACUGAGGUGGGAAUCCCGCUGAACUGCAUCAUGGCUCUGAAAAACUACAGCGAGGGGGAGAUGAAAAACAACCCAGACAUGGACACACUCAUCCUCACAGCGCUCAAACACAUUGUCCAAUUUGGAGAUGACUUCAUCGAAGAGAUGACAGACACAGCAAAUGGGAUUUAG